AUGGCCCCCACAACAACCACCCAAUCCGUCAUUCCGAACAACAACACGUCAACGACAACAGCAGUGGAUCUCGCGUGGGAUUACAACACUGGAGACGACACGUCGCCAUUGUUGAGAAGGGCUGCAGCUCGUAUCAAUCAGUCAGAGCAACAGAAAUGCACAAUGACAAGAAGGCAAGUUCAGUAUCUGAUACACAGUGUCCACGAGAUAUCCCAGAUACUAUCAAAUGAACUGUACAGGUGUGACCACACUGACAUCAAUAACAGCAACAACACUAAUGACGUCAACACUAUUAACAACAACAACAACAACAUUACUGGAUCAAAUGCUGCAUAUGGUUGUAGUUUAAUAUCCAACUCGUCAGGAGGCUCGUGCUCUCAAUUUAAGAAGAGAUGCUCACUUUUCAAUUACUUGAUUGAAUAUUCGGUUCUUAUUAUGUUCAUCUUACAGGUGCCUUACACCUCAUGUACCUCUGUGAUCAUCUGCAUUGUGUUGCUUUUUAUGCACUACUUAAGAUUGCUGAAAUUUUAUAUGGAUCUGAAGCGUGUACACUUGUAUACGCUCUGUACCUCCUGCUUUGUUACUGUUGUCAUCUUCGCUUCUCUAUACACAACUAUACAACAAUUACAGGGGAAUGAUUCUCAAUAUUUUAUUGGGAGACCUACAUUCCACGACAACAUUAACAUUAACAACAACAACAACGAUAAUAAUAAUAAUAACAACAACAACAACAUCUUUGAUGUCCCACAACAAACAAAUUUAUUGGGUGACGUUGGCGAUAGUGACAGCUUUAUAUUCAACACAACUGGAAUCUACGGCUCUUUUGAUAACUCCGCUUCCGCUUACAAUGCUAAUGAGAACAAUAUACAAAAUCCUAAUUUGAUUACAUUUAAUACUAAUGAUGAUGUCUGA